AUGGUUCUGACCUUUGAAACAAUGCCAGCAGAGAUCAAAGACAUGAUCGUGCUUAAGGGCAUCCUCCUCGCACGAAGAGCCGACAACAGAUGUCCCACCAUCAUCAAGGCUUUCGCAUUCAACCACUACUUCAAGCGAAUCAUAACUCUCUAUCGUCAAGUCAACGGUGAGAUUACAGAGGAUACCCAGGAAGAGUGGAAGGCCAAGCGACUCAGAGAAACAUUAAAGAUCAAUCACUUGAUGAUGGUCCCGUAAGUUCCAUCUACCCUUUACCCCCCCACCCCCGUCAACCUCCAGAACCACAAAGUCAGAAAUUGACUAACUCUCCAAACUAGACAUCAGUAUGAGCGAUCGCUCGUUGAAUGCAUUUUUUUCAACAUGCGCGGAGAUAAGAUGCUCCUUAUGAACAACCUCCAAAGCAUCACAAUCGACUUUACCAACAUGCUCAAUACACUCAAUUGUGUCCAAUAUACGGCCCUAUGUCUCAUGGUUGCCAGUCGCAGAUUUGAGAAGCUUACCAUUAAACACCAUCGACACAUAAAUCUGAAGGAGCUAAUCGGACAUAUUGAGAAUGGUUUGGGAUCUGAUGUUCAGGGAGGAGUGGAUGGAGUGACGAGUGUGCGUUUCGUAAAGAUGGAACCUGAUGGUGUAAACUCGUAUCAAUAUGUCUUUUGGGAGGCUGCACCUGGGAAUUGUCUACGGUGUAAACGAGUGGGGUUCGCUUCGAGUCCGCCGCCUUGA